AUGGGAGACGACGAGGAGAAGCUCACAGACUCGACGGUGCGCGUCCGGGACACAGAGGUCACAGAGGUAGCAGUGGCGAACAGCAAGACUGGUGGUCCCGAUGUUGUUGUUGUCCAUUGGGAGCCUGGAGACCCCGGGCACCCAACCAACUGGCCAAGGCUGAAAAAGUACUUGAUCGUGUGCUCCGUCUGCAGCAUCACGGCGCUCUCGAUCGCGAACGCCACGUGCUUGGCUAUCAUGUCUACGUGGGGAGUCGACUUUUACAACACGACCCGACUCGGGUUCACCGUUGGGCUGACAGUGUACAACCUCUCUGUCAGUUUCACCCCAAUGAUUCUCACUCCAAUCAGUGAGGGAUUCGGUAGAAACGAGAUUUAUCAAGUCACUAGCCUGCUUAUUGCCCUGCUCUUCAUCCCGCAGGCCUUGUCCCGGAGCUACUCUGGGUUCCUGGCUGCGCGCUGGUUUCAAGGAAUGGCCUCCUCGGUGGGCAUCUCAAUGGUCGGCGGAACGAUUGCGGACAUGUUCACGGCCCGUGAACGCGGCAAAGUGAUGAACUUGUUCAGUCUGUUUGUCUUUGUCGGCCAAGGAUCUGGCGGUCUGGUUAUGGGUUGGGUGGGCGAGAAGGCUGGUUUCCAGUGGUGCUUUGGCGUUUUUGGCAUUGCAUGCGCCGGCUCAUGCGUCCUCAUCAUCGUGUUUUGCCGCGAGACCCGUGCCGACACUUUGCUACGUCGACGCGCUGCACAUCUUACCAAGAGUACUGGCGUCUGUCAUGUCGCCGACUGUGACUGGCAUGCCGAGCACAAGAGUCUGAUGCAGAAGCUCCGGGUUACUGCCAUCCGCCCAUUCCAAUUCCUCGUCAUGGAGCCGAUCGUGACCUUCUUGUCCGUGUGGGUUGGGUUUGCGUGGGCGGUCAUCUUUCUCGGGGGUACCGCGACCAUGCUGGUGUUCGAACAGUACGGCUUCGGCCCCGGCCAAACAGGAAGCACGCAGGCGUGCAUCAUCGUUGGCGGCGUGAUUGGAUACUUUUCACAGUUCCACCAGGAGAAGAUCUAUCGCAAGGUGGCCGAGCGUUCGGCGUCUGGUCAUGCACCACCAGAAGCACGAUUGUACUGGGCAGCAUUCGGAGGGUUGCUCUUCCCCGCCGGCAUGAUGGCGCCAGAGAUCCCCUGGCCUGUUCCAGCCGUGAUGUUGUGCAUCUCGUACUGGGGUGUUUACUGCAUGUACAUUGGCACCUUCAACUACCUGGCCGACGCAUACGAGACAUAUAGCUCCUCGGCACAGGCUGCACAGAGCUUUGCUCGCAACACCAUCAGCGGCGUCUUUCCCCUGUUUGCACGCCAGAUGUACAUCAAGAUGGGGUAUCCCCAAGCAUCCUCGUUAGUGGCGGCACUGGGCUUCGUGCUGUCCCUGGCGCCAUUCCUCCUCAUCAAGUAUGGAGCGCGGUUGAGAGCCAAGUCGCCAAUCACGUCCAGUUUGGUUGGCCAAUUGUAG